GGGAAGGCCGGGGUUGAGGAAUAACGGGGGAAGGAGGAGGGGGACAGGGGUGAGACGACGAGGAAGAGGAGGAGGAGGAGGAGGAGGAGAAGGAGGAGGAGGAAGUUGAAUUCCUCAGCUUCCCCCUCCCACCUGCAGGAGGGCUGAUGAGCGGAAGUGGGCGUGGAAGGAGUAGAGGCGUCACGUGUGAUGAGAGAAAGGGGCGGGCAGCGGACUGGGAGGCCCUGGCGCGGAGCGGAGCAUGCCGGGAUCGAUCGCGCGCUGGCCGUGGUAGAAGCAGAGGCUAAGCCGUCAGGCUGAGGAGAACCAGGCUCCAGGACGCGCGGUCUUCGCUCUCCGAUCUGAAUUGUCGAAAUGAGCAGUCGUAAAUCGAAAAACAGCAACCUAAAACAUGGAGAGUGUAUUUCACAGGUACAAAGAAUUUUACGUGAAAGAUUUUGUCACCAGAUUCCAAAAGGUAACCUAUUUGGAGUACAAGCACAGUACAGACACUUAAUUGAGCUGCUAAAACGAACAGCUCUCCAUGGAGAAAGUAACUCUGCACUAAUUAUUGGACCCAGAGGAUCAGGAAAAACUAUGAUAUUAAAUCAAGCUUUGGAAGAACUCAUGGAAAUAAAACAAGUGAGAGAAAAUGUUCUGCAAGUUCACCUAAAUGGAUUGCUGCAGACCAAUGAUAAAAUUGCUCUGAAAGAAAUCACAAAGCAGUUAUGUCUGGAAAAUGUAGUUGGAGAUAAAAUUUUUGGAACCUUUGCUGAAAAUCUUUCUUUCCUUCUGGAAGCUUUAAAAAAAGGUGACCGGACUAGCAGUUGCCCUGUGAUCUUCAUCCUGGAUGAAUUUGAUCUCUUUGCGCAUCAUAAAAACCAAACGCUUCUUUAUAACCUUUUUGAUAUUUCUCAGUCAGCACAGACUCCUGUUGCCGUUAUUGGUCUUACAUGUAGAUUGGAUAUUCUGGAACUCCUAGAAAAGAGAGUGAAAUCACGAUUUUCUCACCGGCAGAUACAUUUAAUGAAUUCCUUUAGUUUCUCACAAUAUCUUAAAAUAUUUAAAGAACAAUUAACGCUACCUGAAGAAUUUCCAGACAAGCACUUUACUGAGAAAUGGAAUGAAACAGUUCAGUGUCUCUCAGAAGACAAGAAUGUGAAAGAAGUUCUGCUGAAACAUUUCCAUGCCAGCAAAGACCUUCGAUCAUUGCAUAUGUUACUGAUGCUUGCUUUAAGUCACAUAACGUCAUCUCGCCCAUUUAUUAUUCCAACAGACCUGGUAGAGGCAAACCAUUUGUGUAGUAUGGAUUCUAAAGCAAAUAUUGUACAUGGUCUUUCAGUGUUAGAAAUCUGUCUUCUUAUAGCAAUGAAACAUUUAAAUGACAUUUAUCAGGAUGAACCUUUUAACUUUCAAAUGGUCUAUAAUGAAUUUCAGAAGUUUAUCCAAAGGAAGGCCCAUUCAGUUUAUAAUUUUGAAAAACCUGUUGUUAUGAAGGCAUUUGAACAUUUACAGCAACUAGAAUUAGUAAAAGUAAUGGAGAGAACAUCAGUAAACACACAGAGAGAAUACCAACUGGUGAAAUUGCUUUUGGACAAUAAUCAAAUUAUGGACGCUCUACAAAAGUAUCCAAACUGCCCUACAGAUGUUAGGCAGUGGGCAGCAUCUUCACUGAGCUGGUUGUAAUUUGACGAGCAGUUUAGGUAUCUGAAUAAAAUCCAAUUAUGUCCCCUUUAAAGCAGAGAGGUCCCAGGGUUGUAAAAGUUAGCAUUAUGACUUGUAAAAUUUCUUGUAUGAUAGAGCAUUUUCUAUAAGAUGCGUUCUACAUGUAGUCUUUAGCAAGCCCCUCCUUAAAAUUUAAAAGAUAAUCGUGUUGUUCCUCAAAUACUUACAGAUGAGUUCAUACGUCAUCUUUAUGCAUUACUGAACUAUUAAAAUAAUUUUGGAUUUUGUUGUCUGCUAUGUAUGAUUCUUGUUAUAUUUAGAUUUCAAAGUUUGUAAUUCUAUUUGGCUUGGUACAUGUUUAUGCAUUUGAGGAGCAUGUUUUUAGUUAAAACAUUAGAAAAGAAUAAAAUGUAAUCAUCUUAUCAAAUCUUA